CCUAGGGCGCAGACCUGCCCCAAGUGUUGAUCGCCUUUUCAUGCCAGUGCCUCGUCGCGUUUUGAAGAUCUUCGCUUAUCUCGGCUGCUUAUCCAUCUGCUACCCAUUUGCCCUUCAUCCAUCUCGACAGCCGACCCCGCAGCCGCUGGUUGCAUCUGCGCUCUCAUCCGCCACGGGUGGGCCGCACCGGUGGAUGGGACAGGGCGGAGGGGCUAAGCAAACCAAGACAGUCCAAGCAAACGCCGUAGACAGCGAGGUGAAGCACUCGACAGUCCCUGACAGGGAAAUGUUGACGGCAGAGGUCAUCAACAGGGCCAAAGGAUCAUUGUUCGGGUGAGAAAAGUCACUCAGAAAGCACCAGACUGCACGCUGAUCGUCCUCUCUGUGUGUCAUGUGGUUGGUCCGCUUCAGACUGUUCAUUGCUGAUGCGUUGGGGAUGCCUGCACACUGGUACUAUAGCGUUGGGGAUCUGCAGCGGCACUACGGCAAGAUCACAGACUUUGUCGCACCCAAGGAGCCACAUCCAGUGAGCUCAAGUCGCGCAAGACCGAAUGAGACCCGUCAGGGCAGGGCACGUGUUUGGUGGGCUGGUUGUUCAGGGCAGCAUCAUGUCGUUGAGUUCGACGGGAGGCGGUGGGCGAGGAGGGCAGCGGGGAUCCAUCAUCGGCGAUGUCAUCAAUCACGGUAGGUAGGCACACUGGCCAACGAAGCACAAGAACACGAGUUCGCCUAUGUCGUGCGUGUGGUUGUGUCUUCAGGCAAGAAGCACCUGUGGGGUCAGAGGGGCAUCCACUACCAUCACGGAAUGGUAACCAAUACUGCCAAAUGCAUCAAUGAAUGGCUAUCCCAUAGAAUGGAUGGUUCAUGAGUUUGUGUGGUUCAGCGUGCCGGCGAGAACACUCUCAACGCGUUGUGCGCGCGAGUGGUCAUGCGCUCCAUCGCAGCGGCGGGCACGUUCGAUCCGCAGCACUCGCUCAACGUAAGCAGUGGCCAGCCACCACACAGCAGAGAGGGAGUGAAGCGAUCGUCCUGCUGUCCGUCCUGUCCUGUGCGGGCGAUCGAUCAAUGCCAUCAGGCGUACGUCAAGUUCAUGACGACUCCCGGGUCGCACAACGACACAUACGCCGAGACCUACCAUCGCAUGUUCUUCUCGGUCAGUGCCGAUAGCAUAGCAGAAACGCGUCAAGAGUGAGUCAACAUACCUUCUCGUGCUUGCCUUUGUGGACAGAAUUGGCACCGAGGUGUGAAGCCCGAGCAGUGCGCUGACAACGACGGACACAACACGGAUUCUGUGGGAGGGAUGGUGGCUUUGCCUCCCGUGGCCACGUGGGCCGCUCUGACAGGCCAGAGUGCCGAAGAGGCGGGCAAGGCCGCUGCCGCACAAGUGGCACUCACACGUAAGCUGGCAGAUGAGAUGACAAACCCAUGGCACACGGACACGUUUCGCUAUUUGGCUUGCUUCAGACCGGUCCGAUACGUUGCAGAAGUACGCCAUUCUCUACGGCCGCAUGAUUGCCAACCUCAUUCGUGGCGCGGACCUGCGGCAGGAGGUGCAGGAGGCCGCCCGGGCGGUAGGCUUUGGCAAGAUUGCAUCUUACAUCGGGCUGGAGGACACCCAAGUGGUCGGCGGGAUGCUCAGCCCUGCCUGCUACAUAGGUAGGUUAGGUGAAAGAAAGGACGUCCCUCACUCGUCUGUCUGUCGGAUUGUGUGCAUUGCAAUGGAUUGCACUGCAAUGGUGCGGCUGCCUACCUUUCUGCAGACGACUCAUUCAAGACGGUGCUCUACUUCGCUUACAAGUAUCAUGACAGGUACACAGGACGGUAUGGUGUGGCCAUCUCCAUGGCACAGAUGGACGUUCGUCUGUGUGGCGUGUGGUCAGGCCGGAAGAGGGCCUCAUCGGAAAUGUGAAUUGUGGUGGGGAGAACGUCCAUCGGGGGGCGACACUCGGCGCUCUGCUUGGGGCAGCCAACGGCCUCAACAAAUGGCCAGAGAGAUGGUGAGCAAAGUGUCGGAAGGCCGCGUAACCCAUUCACACCAUGUGGCUGUGUGUGAGUGGAUCAUCAGGGUGAAGGGCUUGGCUGAGAGUGGUGCCAUCCAGAGCGAGGUCGACAAGCUGAUCGAGACGGCAAUGCCUGCAGGGACGCUCAAGUCGGAGCUCUAGCAGAACAUGAGCUGUGCGGACCGAGGCAAAGGCGGCGCGAAGCGCUGGCAAAGCUGCUUGUUUGUAGUCUUACGUGGUGCAUGGGGUGAGGUGAGUGUGCAGCUGGG